GUUCAUUCCAGCCAGUUCAUUCAUUCAUCAGUUUUUGGAGUUCUUUUGUGAUUGUUGUGAAUUUAUUGAAUAUUUUGGUUUUGGUGAAGAAAAUAGAUACAAAAAUGAUUCAACCGGACUUAUCAGCCACUAUGGGAUUAUUAGCUCACUUAAAUUCAGAUGAACUUAAAGAAAUGUUAAAUGAUGACACCAAAUUUGAUUCAGUCCUGAAGGAUGUGAAACAGGUAAAGGAAUGGGAUGUAGAGAAAGAAAUGAUAAUAGCAAGUAACAGAUCUCUUGCUGAGUUCAACUUGACCAAAGAACCUGAGCUGGAAGAAUUGAAACAACGAGUUCUUGAGAAGUCUGAGGAAGGAGAGCAGUAUUGUGUACGAAUACAGGAACUUUUAGAGGAGUACAAAACAAAGUCUGCAGGUAUAUCAGCUGAUACAACGUUGGCCCUACUACAAACAUCUGCAGCAGAAAUUGAAGAAGAAUCUGAGAAUAUCGCUCAGGAUUUCCUAUCUCGAAAAAUUGAUGUUGAUAAAUUUCUUGAAGACUUCGAACCUAUCCGCAAGAAAAUGCAUCUGAGGAAGUUCAAAGCUGAAAAGAUGAGUGAACUCAUGAGAACUCCAAAUCCAAGUUCAUAUGGCAAUGGAUACUCGAAGCCAUACUUGCCAUACCCUAGCUAUGGCCCCCCGUCAGGUCAAAGUGUGCCAUAUCCAAUGGGCCCUCUAAACAUGCCAAUGCCUGGCAUGUAUGGAAAUCAUUUCUGAGUUUUUUUAAUGUGUUCUUGAUAUAAAAUGUUCUUAAGUCUAAUAUUUAAGUCAAGUGAGACUAUAAUGGUAUCAGAUUGUAAAGUGAUAUAGGCUUUGUUGUUAGUAUAAAAUAAACAUAAUAGACUAAGAGCUAGUGAACCUGCACUUCAUAAUUCACCAACAUUAUAUCCUAUAUUGGGAGCAUACGCUGACAAACUUUCAGCUUUUAUAAAAUGACGUAGGUCUGGCAUUCACUAGCUCUUAGUCUGUAACAAAAUGAACUGGUUUUAGUUUGUACCAUCAGAUAACAAAAUAAGUAAUCAUUAUCAUAAAGACAGAUAGAUUAUUAUUUUUAUGAUAUUAUUGUUAUUAGACAAUGUCAAUUUGUAACUUUAUCCAAAUUUAAAUGCUUUGUUUUAAAUAUUGUACAUUUUUAAACAGUCCGCUUGAUGUUGGUGCUUGAAUUAGAAAGAAUGUGAUUAUAUAAAUAGGAAUUCUUAAAUGAAAAGAUAUCUAUUGUAUUGUAGAAAUUCAUAGCCAAAUUAUAGUAAUG